UCAACCUCACUUCUGAGGCUGGUUCCAGGGCUGCUCAGAUGAGGCUGUCCAGCACCUUCACCUGGGCCUUGCUGUUCAGUACAGCUGCCCUGGUUUCUACUGCACAGAACAAAGGGUAUAGUGACUGCGGCGGCCUCCUCACAGACCUGUCGGGCAGGAUCUCCAACUACAUCGGACCAAAAACUGUCUGUGUCUGGACCAUCCAGAUGACCCCAGGUCUCCACGUUGCUAUGGCAAUACCGGGCCUCAACCUCACCUGUCUUAAAGAGUAUGUGGAAAUCCAAGAUGGGCCUCCAGGAUCUGCUAGCUAUGGGAAGAUUUGUGAAGGUCUAGGUCUCACCUUUCGAUCUUCCUCCAACAUCUUGACUGUCAAGUACACCAGGAAACCCGACCACCCAGCCUCUUCUUUCGAUGUGUAUUACUAUGGGGAACCAGAGGGCAGUCGGGGGCAGGGGCACUGCUGAGGCGCCCUCCACUCUCCAUGCCAGGCUAUGUGGCGUGUUGGGCAUAUAGCUAUUUGUGUGACUCUUGAAAUAAAGUUGAGCCAAACAUCUA